AUGCAGCAGGAGCGUGCCCGCGCUCUCUUUGCAAAGUAUGGCCUCACCCUCGAGUCUCAUGAGUGGAUUGCCGCACCGGGCCCCAUGCCUCCUCUGCAGCGUGUCGAGAAGCCCAUUCGCAUGCGUGUCCACCGCACCUGCCACCGCUGCGGCACCCUCUAUGGCGCCGACAGGACCUGUGUCCAGUGCGAGCACAGGCGCUGCAAGAAGUGCCCUCGCUUUCCCAAGAAGAAGACGCCCGAGGAGAAGCAGGCCGAAAAGGACGCCCCCGACCAGCCAAAGAGAAAGCGCAUGCUCAGCAUCCGCACCCGCGCUGGAGACGAACUCGUCUACCAGCCUACCAAGCAGCGCAUCAGGCGCACCUGCCACAAGUGCUCCACCGUCUUUGUUCCCGCCCAGGCAGUCAUCUGUCAAAACUGCCACCAUGCCAGAUGCACAACGUGCCCCCGCGAGCCCGCAAAGCUCACCAAAUGGCCCGCCGGAUACCCCGGCGACGCCGAGGCAGACAGCGAAACAGAGGUCGACAGGCAACUCGAGACGUUUAGGCGCACAUGGCGAAAACCCAGAACCAGGGUUCGCUGGCAGUGUGAAAAGUGCAACAGUCUCUUCCAAAAUCAUUCCCCUCAGUGUCCAGGCUGCGGACACGAACGCUGCGAUCAAUGUACCAGAUCUCCUGUCAAGAAAGCAAAAAAGACGGACCACUUUGAUGCCCACGUGGUCGCAGCUGUCGAAGCCAAGCUCAGAGCUAUGGGCGUCAACGAGGGGCCCUCUUCAGCUGCAGAAGCUACUUGA